AUGCUUGUACGAAUCGAUUCCCUAGCUGCACGGGGAUUCGGUGAGAAUCAGGCUCCUGCGGAUAUAGAAGUUAUGAUUAGUUCUCUUCAAAGCGAUUUUGAAGAUUGCAAAGCCCGGCUUCCUGUCCCUACUGACCAUGAUAUAUUUCAAGGCAUUCCAUCCCACGCCUUCGAAAUCCAUCUCUAUCAAACUACCUUUUUCGAUAUAUACCCAUCUUCCGCCGCGUCAUUCGACCAAUCCAUGGCCCUCCUGCGAAUAGACGCCCUUUGUCACGGACUAGCGGCUGCAAAACAAUUUAUGAGCUUUUACUUCAGUCUACCACCUGGUAUUGAAAAGAUAUUUAGUUACACUCAAUGGAUAAUGACCGGGUUCAGCGUUGCAGCUUCAUGCAAACUUGUUCUCGCAUCGUUGGAGCCAUCCGUUCGGGAUCACGAUCAAGUCCGAGGGUUGCGAGAGACAUUGGAUAUGCGGCAUGAAAUCCAGAAAUCUGUCAAGCGCAUGAAUACGCUUGAUCAGGAGUGUAAAGGUGGGAAGUGGGAUCAACAUGAGAUGUUCUUCUACCAAGAUUGGCUGCGGUUCCUUUCUGAAUGGUUUGAAGAGAAAUAUCGUCUUGCGCAGUCUGAUAGUGCUGGAGAGAAUAAUAGUGCACUGGGAGUCUUCACCACUGGAAUCUCAGAAAAUAAUAUCUAUGAAGAGCCUCAGCCUGAUCCUGGUUUUCCUUGGGUGGAUCUUCAGGAUGUUACGAUUGAGGAGAUGUUGAAUGCGUGGUUAGGGCCAAUUAAUAUACCACACUACUUUUGA